GACCUGUUUGCACUGGGCAUGUAAACGGAACCAUGCUCUGGUGGUGGCUUACCUGCUGCACGCUGGCGCUGACAAGGAGAUCCUCACGAAGAAAGGAGAAAGGCCGGCCCAGUUAACAUCAAAGAGAGAGAUCAGGAAGAUGUUGGGAGUGGAAGAUGAUGAACUCCAAGACUUAAAGAAGGAUUCUGAUCUGCCAAUCAUCCCUAAUUACCUGGCUAAUCCACCUUUCCCCUAUGUUUAUAACACCAUUCCCUCUGUGAAUGGCAGUAUCUCACACUUGGAGUCGCAAGACACCAAUUCUUCUUCCUUACCCGAUGUGGAGGCUUGCACACAUGCACCAUCACAGUGUGGGAAUGCUGCUCCCGAGGCAGCCGAUAACGGAGGCAUGCCGUCGCUGCCCAGAGGGUGUACUGUACCCCCGCACUCAAAACCUGUCCUUCAGAGAGCUCCAGUGUACCAGGGAUCUGUGUCUUGGAGCAGAAGUCCCCCUUCGCCAGCUGGAUCGAAUCAGUCUGCACCUCAGCAAGAGAACGGCUCCAGUAUGGGGCCUGUGCCAGCAUUUCAGCCGGUUUUCUUCACAGGAGCUUUUCCACUUAAUAUGCAAGAACUGGUGCUUAAAGUUAGAAUACAAAACCCUAAUCUUAGAGAAAAUGACUUCAUUGAAAUUGAACUGGACAGACAAGAACUGACCUAUAAAGAACUGCUCCGAGUGAGUUGCUGUGAGCUGGGUGUUAACCCUGAGCACGUACAGAAGAUCAGAAAAUUACCAAAUACAAUGUUAAGAAAGGACAAAGAUGUUGCAAGGCUACAGGAUUUCCAAGAACUGGAGCUUGUUCUAACAGUAAGCGACAAAAACUUACUUUUCAGAGUCCCAGCACCUUCUGAACAGAGUGGUUAUAACAAGAAGGCAUCAGAACUGACAUAUUAAUUGUUUAAAGGAUAAAACAAAAGAUUUGUAUCUAUCUCAUUUAAAAUUACAUUUGAAAUACAGUAUCUUUAAGGGCUAAUGAUGUUUAAAAAAAAAUCUAUUUUGUUAACCUUGAAAUAAACGAAAGUUGUUAUGCA